AUGGAGGCAGUGCAAAAGGCGCUCGAGCAGGUCGUCAAGCGCGCACCUGGCUUGCAUUCCAACUCAACGUCGGCUAAAACCGCCGCCACGCAGCCGUCAGUGCACGAUUCGAUCGACAAGCUAAUCGCACAAGUGGAAGCUGCCAAGGCUGGCAUUGCUAGCUCUUCCUCCUCGCCGGACCCAGCAGUACUGCUAGCCGAGCUCAAGUCGUCAGUCGAAGUAGCACAAAAGUCUAUCCUUGAACGCCAGAAAGAGUUUCACGCGGCGCUAUCCAAGUCGACAAAGGCGCUCGACAAAAAGUUUACCAUCGCAAUCGAAGGCGUCGCAGAUCCUUCGCUCUUUUCUUCAGCCGAAGCUCAGAAUGCGCUCGAGCGGGUCAUCUUUGAUCAUCUACAGAGAAACGGCGAUUGGUCGACGAGCUACAAGUUUGCAGCAGAGGCCAAGCUGCCACUUUCUCCACAAUCGGAAGCGCUGUAUGUUCAACUGCAUAAUGUCGCCGCUGCCAUGUCACGAGGCGAUUUGCGGCCGGCCAUCAGCUGGACCGAACAGGAAAGAGAGUGGUUGCUCAAGAGAAAGAGUCCAUUGGAGUUCGCGUUGCAUAGAAGUCAGUUCAUUCGCAUCGCAACGGGUGCCAUUCUGCCAGGUAGCGACGAAAAUCUAGCCAACAGAGAUCCGGACGGAGAGAAUGUCGAGAUGAUGAGUGCAUCCAUGGACCAGCUCAACACGAUCCCAGCCUCGUCGAAUACGAUGUCGGUCACGGGAUUUGCCAGCACAGCGACAGCAGAUCUCGCGCACGCGUCGUUGGCCAACACCAACGUGGAACGUGCGCUGGCGUACGGUAGAGAGCACUUUAAGCGUUUCCGCAGCACGCACCUGGACGAAAUUCAACGUCUCUUUACGCUACUUGCGUUUCUGCCGGCAUUCAUUCCGGCACCAGCGUACGGACCGGAAGGCUCGGACUCGGUGCCGGUUGAACACCUGAUUCCAACGGUACCGCUCGUGUAUCGCCCAUUGCUGGAUGCCAAGCGGGUGCACGCGCCGCUUCUCGAACCGAUGUUCCGACUCGAGUUCUGCGCACGAAACCGGAUCGCCAAGGAUGCCCCGCUGAGCAUCGGUGUAGAAGUGGGAGCGGGUGGCGCGCUCAACAAGAUCAUCAAGGUCAAGGCGGUGAUGAAAGAGAGGGGUAACGAGUGGAGUCAGGCGGAUGAGCUGCCCAUCGAGAUCCCACUGCCCACCAGGCUGCGCUUCCAUUCGAUCUUUGCGUGCCCUGUGUCCAAGGAACAGGGCACAGAGCAGAACCCGCCGAUGAUGCUCGCAUGCGGUCACGUGCUGUGCUUGGAGACUCUCACUAGAUUGGCAAAGGGCAAUGGUCGCUUCAAGUGUCCGUACUGUCCGACGGAAAGCUAUCUGAACCAGGCAAUUCGCGUCUAUUUCUGA